AUGACUCUUUAUGUUCAAGGUCUAAGUAAGGGGGCACCUAACAGCAGUAUGGCGCAGUUCCAGGAAAUGAUGCGGCAGCAGCUGGAGAGCUCCAUGCACACCGAGCUGGGAAAACUGCUGGACACCUCCCUUGAGCCAGAGAAAGAAGCAGCAAGAAAAGAUUUUAAGGGUUUUGAGAAACUUUUUCACAGAUUCCUGCAAUUCAAAGGACCUGCAGUGGAGUGGCCCAAAAUACAAAGGCCUCCUGAAGAUUCGAUCCAGCCUUAUGACAAGAUUGCAGCUCGUGGAAUUCCUGAUAAGGUGGCCAACAGUCUGAACAAACUGGUGGUGGUCAAGCUGAAUGGAGGUCUGGGCACCAGUAUGGGAUGCAAAGGGCCCAAGAGUCUGAUCAGCGUCCGCAACGAAAACACAUUUCUGGACCUUACUGUGAAGCAGAUUGAGCAUUUAAACAAGACAUACAACACAGACGUGCCGUUGGUGCUUAUGAAUUCCUUCAAUACAGAUGAAGAUACAAAGAAGAUUCUGCAGAAGUACACCCACACCCAGGUCAAGAUACACACCUUCAACCAGAGCAGGUAUCCGCGCAUCAACAAGGAAUCUCUCCUCCCGGUCUCCGCUAAUAUGAGUAUGAACGGGACCGGUACUGAGGGCUGGUACCCCCCGGGUCACGGAGACAUUUAUGCCAGCUUUUACAACUCCGGUCUCCUGGAUCAGCUCAUUGCGGAUGGGAAGGAGUACAUCUUUGUGUCCAACAUAGACAACCUGGGAGCCACUGUAGAUUUACACAUUCUCCACCACUUGGUCACACAGCCCAACGGAAAACGCUGCGAGUUUGUAAUGGAGGUAACGGACAAAACUCGUGCAGAUGUUAAGGGCGGUACGUUGAUUGAAUAUGAUGGGAAACUGCGCUUGCUUGAGAUCGCCCAGGUCCCUAAAGCACAUAGGCUGCAAGAGCAAAGUGCAAUGGACUUGGAAAUUAUAGUCAACCCUAAGACUCUGGAUGGUGGUCAGAAUGUGAUUCAGUUAGAGACGGCUGUGGGUGCAGCCAUCAAGUGUUUUGAUAAUGCUCUCGGAAUUAAUGUCCCGCGGAGCCGCUUUCUCCCUGUGAAGACCACAUCGGACCUGCUGCUGGUCAUGUCCAACCUCUACAGCCUAGACGCUGGAUCUCUGACCAUGAGCCCAAAGAGAGAGUUUCCUACAACGCCGCAUGUCAAACUCGGGAGCUCUUUUACUCAGGUUCAGGAAUACUUGAUGCGUUUUGAGAGCAUCCCAGACAUCCUGGAGCUCGACCACCUCACUGUGUCUGGAGAUGUCACGUUUGGAAAAAAUGUUUCUUUGAAGGGCACUGUCAUCAUUAUAGCGAAUCACGGAGAUCGAAUUGACAUUCCUGCAGGUUCUAUGCUAGAGAACAAAAUUGUAUCUGGAAACUUGCGAAUUCUUGACCAUUAA